AUGCAUUCCUUCCAGACCUCCUUCUUGGACCUUGCCUUGGAGUCCCAGGCACUUAAGUUUGGUACCUUCACUCUUAAGUCUGGCCGCCAGUCCCCUUACUUUUUCAACUUGGGCUUGUUCAACAACGGUAAGCUCUUGUCUACUUUGGCCACCGCUUAUGCCCAUGCUAUCAUUGAGUCAAAGGUGAAGUUUGACAUUCUUUUCGGCCCAGCCUACAAGGGUAUCCCAUUGGCAGCUAUCACUGUCGCCAAGUUGGCUGAGCUUGACCCAGAGAACUACUCUGACCUUGGCUACUCUUUCAACAGAAAGGAGAAGAAGGACCACGGUGAGGGUGGCUCUAUCGUUGGCUGUCCUUUGGAGGGUAAGAAGAUCUUGAUUAUCGAUGAUGUCAUGACUGCUGGCACUGCUAUCAACGAAGCCUUUGAGAUCAUCUCUGCUGAGAAGGGCACUGUUGCUGGCUGCAUCAUCGCCUUGGACAGACAAGAAACUACUCCUGACUCUGACAAGUCUGCUACCCAGGCGGUUGCUGCCAGAUAUGGAAUUCCUGUUUUCUCAAUCGUCUCCUUGUCGGAUAUUGUCACUCACUUGAAGGAUAAGUUGUCCGCUGAAAACUUGGCCGACAUUGAUGAAUACAGAAACAAGUAUGCUCCAAAGAACUAA